AGAGCACAGCCGGAAGAGGGAGGACAGACCGGAAGAAGGUGAAAUGCUUUCGUUAGACACUCCAUGGUUGUGAAGAUGGCGGCGGCUGCGUGGCUUCAGGUGUUGCCUGUCAUUCUUCUUCUGGGGGCUCAGCCCUCUCCAUUGUCGUUUUUCAGUGUAGGACCGGCACCCGUAGCUGCUGCCGACCGAUCCAAAUGGCACAUUCCGUUACCGUCGGGGAAAAAUUAUUUUAGUUUUGGAAAGAUCCUCUUCGGAAAUACCACUAUCUUCCUGAAAUUUGAUGGAGAACCUUGUGACCGAUCUUUGAAUGUAACCUGGUAUCUGAAAAGUGCUGACUGUUACAAUGAAAUCUUCAACUUUAAGGCAGAAGAAGUAGAGACAUAUUUGGAAAAUCUUAAGGAGAAAAGAGGCUUGUCUGGGAAAUAUCAGACGUCAUCAAAGGUGUUCCAGAACUGCAGUGAACUCUUUAAAACACAGAGCUUUUCUGGGGAUUUUGUACAUCGACUGCCUCUUUUAGGUGAAAAACAGGAGGCUAAGGAUAAUGGAACAAAUCUUACCUCUGUUGGAGAUAAAACUGUAAUGCAUGAACCAUUGAAAACAUGGCAAGAUGCACCAUACAUUUUUAUUGUACAUAUUGGUAUUCCAUCUUCAAAGGAGUCUGUGAAGGAAAAGUCACUAAGUACUCUUUUUACCAUGACUGUUGAAGUGAAGGGCCCCUAUGAAUACCUCACACUUGAAGAAUAUCCACUGAUGAUUUUUUUUAUGGUGAUGUGUAUUGUAUAUGUCCUGUUCGGUGUUCUCUGGCUGGCAUGGUCUGCCUGCUAUUGGAGAGAUCUCCUGAGAAUUCAGUUUUGGAUCGGUGCUGUGAUCUUCCUGGGAAUGCUUGAGAAAGCUGUCUUCUAUGCAGAAUUUCAGAACAUCCGAUAUAAAGGAGAAUCUGUCCAAGGUGCACUGAUCCUUGCAGAGUUGCUUUCAGCGGUGAAACGCUCACUGGCUCGAACGCUGGUCAUCAUAGUCAGUCUGGGCUAUGGCAUAGUCAAGCCUCGCCUUGGAGUUACUCUUCACAAGGUUGUGGUAGCAGGAGCCCUCUAUCUUUUGUUCUCGGGCAUGGAAGGGGUCCUCAGAGUUACUGGGUAUUUUUCUUAUCCUUUGGCUCUGAUAGUAAACCUGGCCCUCUCAGCAAUUGAUGCCUGUAUUAUUUUAUGGAUAUUUAUUAGCUUGACUCAAACAAUGAAGCUAUUAAAACUUCGGAGGAACAUUGUCAAACUCUCCUUGUACCGACAUUUCACCAACACACUUAUCUUGGCUGUGGCAGCAUCUAUUGUGUUUAUCAUCUGGACAACCAUGAAGUUCAGGAUAGUGACUUGUCAGUCGGACUGGCGGGAGCUGUGGGUCGAUGAUGCCAUCUGGCGACUGCUGUUCUCCAUGAUCCUCUUUGUCAUCAUGGUUCUAUGGCGACCAUCUGCAAACAACCAGAGGUUUGCCUUUUCACCACUGUCGGAGGAAGAGGAGGAGGAUGAACAGAAGGAACCGAUGCUGAAAGAAAGCUUUGAAGGAAUGAAAAUGAGAAGUACCAAACAAGAGCCAAAUGGGAAUAGUAAAGUGAAUAAAGCACAGGAAGAUGAUUUGAAGUGGGUAGAAGAGAAUGUUCCUUCUUCCGUGACAGAUGUAGCACUUCCGGCCCUUCUGGAUUCAGAUGAGGAACGAAUGAUUACACACUUUGAAAGGUCCAAAAUGGAAUAAAGAAUAGGAAGAAUUACAGUUGAAGAUGGCUAGUAUCAGGGAAGAGAUCAGCUUCUGUGUCAGUCUUCUAGCACUGCUGUGUGGGGUUGAAGGAGGCAACGACUUCCUGAUCUGUUCCCUGAUCUUGCUGCAUCGGAGCUGGCGAGAGAUGUCAGAACAAGGAGGAUCUUACUGAAAAGAAGUUCAUAGGAUGAGAAAAAUCUACACGUUUCUAAUUUCCCACAUCGAUACCCUUCCCUUCCCACACCCUGACAUGGAUGUGUAUGCAACUUAUGUGUGUUGUUCCUGAACCUCCUAUAAUGUUUCCGUUGUUUAAUCUGUCAAACUAAAAAGUUUAACAUCCUCUAAAGGACUGUGACAUCAAGGUCAUAAUAUGUAAUCUCCAGGAACAACUGCCUGUGAUUUUUAUUUAUUUAGGGAGUUACAUAGGUGAUGGGGGAAAUUGUUAUCUUUCAGUUUCCUGGGAAGCCGAGGUUACUUCUUGCAGAGAUAGUUUUGAGAACAAAGAGCCCCUCUGAGUUAAGGAGCCACUGUUCUAUUAAUGAUUAAAAGAACAGCAACAAAAAAAAAGAGAAACUUACAGUGUGAUUCAGAUCAUUUAAAAAAGCAAAAUCAAGUGCAAUUUGUUUACAAAUGGUGUAUAUUAAAGAUUUUUCUAUUUCAGAUGUAACUUAGAAAUAUUAGCUUAACUCCUUUGACAUCUGCUAUUGUGACACAUCCCAUUGCUGGCAAUGUGGUACACACUCUGGAACUUUUAACUACUGUUUUGUAAGCCUCCCAGGGUGGCGGCAUGGCGUUGUAGGCAAUGCUUUGCUUGCCUUCAUGCCGUUCACUGGGUGUUGCACUCCGUAUAGAGAGGCACUGCAUCUAAGUGCUUGUGAAUGAGCCCCAGCGAGAGGAACUGUAAUGCUUCGUUAAGGAGAGCUUGUUACAAAGGAAACAGGUCCCUCUGGCUUAAUUUAAAGUUAUUCCUGCAUGACGUGGCGUGGAGGCCCUGGAUGCUGCUCAUUCUUUAGGAUCGACUGUUUUUGUACCUGGUGUUGGUUUAGAGACUGUGUAUAAGAGGCAUCACGAGGUGAUGGGAUUCAUUUGAAGCAUUAUAUUUCUGUUUUAACAGUUUCUCCAGUUUUGCCUUCCCAAGAUUUUUGUUCUACUUAAAAAGUUUGUGCCACUUUUUAAUAUAAAAAAUUUUAACAAAAUUAAUGUUGUUCUCAUUUUUUUUUCAGACUUUAUUCUCUUAAACCUUUUUUUCCUCCCAGACUCUGCCUUGAGGAAAUUUUUCUUCCAUAGCUUUUAUUCUAGGUAGUUCUGUAUUCUGUACAACCCAGUGACCAUAAUAGUGUGAACAUUAUGUAGCAUUUCUCUGUAGCUCUUCACUGUAGUGAUUAAAAAACAAAACCCUUACAUAGUAUUUCUAAGGACGAACAGUAUGAAGAAAUGACUGUUUCAUGUCAACCCAUUAGCAUGGGUUGUCAUUGUCACCUGUGCUUCUGUUCUUGAAUACUAAAACUCGGAAGAAGAGUAAUAGUUAUAAUGCAGCAGUAUAGAUGGUUCAAAUAUUUUUUAAGGAUAGUUAGAUGCUGAGUUGAGACUAGGAAAAAAAACCAAUCCUGUGUUAAGCAAGAGUGUAUAGUAUAAAUUCUAUAGGCUGAGGCCUGAUAAUUCUUUCUGCUGUCUUGAAGCUUCCUGUGUUACUGGGAUUGGAUAUGGUGUGUCAUUUCUUGGGGCAGGGCAGGUUCAGAAGGAAUUUUUAGUUUAAAAAAAAAAAAUUGAGCUGUUACCUUAGAGUUUACAUUGUUUAUUUUCGUCUUGGCCCUUGGGCUGGAACUAAAAAUAGGCCUUCCAGCACAGCAGCUGGUAAUUCUAAAUUUUCAAGAAAGUGAUCAGUUUAUAUGGUGAAAAUUAGCCAUAACACAAGAGUUGCUUAGCAGUGUUUGUGUUUCUGACUACUUAAAAAUAGCAUGUCAUUUGAUUUUCAGAAACAGGAUUUGGUAAAGGAUAUACCUGAUGUUUUCUUGGGAGUGGGCUGCCAGAUACAGCUUAUUCUUGCAGAUUAAAUUUAGUCCUUGUUUUUGUUAAGUCUCCAGAGGAAUACUAAGGUAACCUCAGACAGUGCAGGACUAAUAGGAGGAAGGUCUCUUACCUUCCUAAAAGGAGUAUGAGGUGGUAAGACACAGCUUGAGAGAGCUGAACUGGUGGGAAUGGGAUCAGAAAUUUUAAAAGUUUAUUUUACUGAUUCCACAAAUUGCUGCAUCAGCUCUUGCCGCCUAGACUCUUGCUACUCAAAGUGUGUCAAAGGACUGGUAGCAUCAGCAGCACCUGAGCGCUCUUUAGAAAUGCUCAAUUGAGGGCCUUACUCUGGACCUACUGAAUUAGUAUCUGCUUUUUUAAACAAGAAGGAGCCCUGGUGGCACAGUGGUUAAAGUGCUCGGCUGCUAACCAGAGGUCGG